AUGCGACUUAUUGCUAUACUGUCAUUCCUGUUGUUCGCCCUCCCUCCCGUAUUAGCCAAGUUUAGCCCUCUUUGCAUCAAAGUCGUCACGUCACUGGCCGCGCGACCAAACGAUCUCUUCGAAAAGUUCCAGCGCGAGAUCUGCGAUCGAGGAUGUCAACCAACAGUGCCUCACUGGGACCUCUGGACUCGCAAUAACACCUUCGUCCCCGCCGUCCGCAGCGUGAUGCAGCAACUCAACGCCCCGAAGCAGGAGGAAGCGAUGCUGAAACUCGGCGACGAGGUAGCUGACAUAAUCAAGCGACGCUGCGGGCCGAAAUUGCAGGGACGUAAUAUCUGUGCCGAUCCUGAGGUCUUGGCUGCUUUUGGAAACUGCUUCAAGAAGAACUUUGUCAAAGGCGCUCUGGCAAAUCUUCCGGUUCUUCUGCCUAUGGCAUCGGAAGCAGUAUGCCGCAAGCAGCUGGAAUACCUCAAGUCAGACGAGCUUUGGGAAGAAAUCAUCCCAAACAACAUGAGAGACUACGCCAAGGUGUGCAAGCAACUAUCGUACGAGCCGGUGAUGGAACAGAUUUACACCUUUUGA